CUUCAUUUGGAGAGUAGCCUCCCUCAUAAUCUAUGCUCUCUGUAUGUUCACAGGACUUGGCUUCUGGGGUUUUCUCUGGGUACUUUGGUUUCCUCCCCUCUCUCUCUCCCCUAUAGUGCGAGAUCGCGGCAUCAUUACAGCAUCAUUACAAACAUACAGUUUCGUAGUCGCACGAACAAAAAGAUAUAUGUGCACAUAUGCUGUUUGUAUAAACUACGGUCAUCGCACAUUUCGCCCCUAGGCCAUAUCGCCCCACAGCCCCAGUCAACUAGUCCCAUGUAUGUCCGUAUCGUCCCAGCACCGAAAACUGAAUCGCCCGGCCAGGCCCCAAAGCAUUAUGGCAAAAUCGACUAAAGGACACUAUACAACAUUGUCUGUUUCAUCUAAGACAUCUUUUGACUCCAAAGCCUCAAAAAAUGAAUUACAGCUUAAAUCUAGUCUUGCUCACAAACUUAGAACUGACAUAAUGAGAAUGAAAACUGAAGAUGUGCACACAGACCUUCAGUUUCUUGGAGGGACUUACAUGACAGGAGGACACAAAAUAAUGUUAAAAUGUAGAACAAGAGGAUUAAUUCCCGAGAGUUUGAUCCAUACAUCUGACAGAAGUCAACCAGUUAUACCAGUGAACCCUCAAACUCAAGACGAGCUUCGAGAUCUUGUUGAGAUGUUGUAUACCUAUGAGGAAGUGGAUGCUGAUUUCAUUUUUAGUCAUCUGAAAAUAGACCAAAGUAGAAUGAAUGAAAAGGAAUGCAAUGAUCAAGCUCUUCAUAUCUCACACAACCAUCAGAAGGAAGUAAACAAGGGGGAACUGAAUGACCUUGACAGUAGCCAUGAGACCAGGACAAGUGUACCAAAGUCAGCAGACUUUCAGGAUAUUGGCGAGUCACUGUCAAUGAACAAAAGAUGGACUAUAGAGGAAGUUCUAUCACAGAAUAUAUUAACUGUGCCAGAAAGUCAUAUUGUACACACUGAAAGUCAAGCAGUUAGUGCGCUGCAGAUUUUGCCCAUUAUUGAUGACCCUGCCUCACCUCUUCUGCAGUCUGGUGAAGGGGAUUCCUUGUAUGUGCAGACUUCUAAUGAUAAGGAUUUGGCCCAUGGAUUUGAUAAUCAAGUUGUGCAUGAAGAGUCAAUGAAAGAUGAUAGGAGAGUGAAAUAUGUACAUGACAAGACCGUAUCUGAAGAACCCACUCUGCUUUUUUAUAGACCUGUGAGCCGACUUGGUGCCGACUUACUAUGGGGAUAUCUUCAGAGAGUAGACCCUGACUGUUGUCUGCAAGUUGAAGGAGAGAGAUAUCCAGCACAUAAAUGCAUUCUUGCCGCUCGCUGCCAAUAUUUCAAUGCCAUGUUUACUGGAGCAUGGUCAGAAGGUCAAGAAAUGGAUGUAGAACUUCAAGGAGUGAGAGCAAGUUCUGUACAUUAUCUUCUGUUAUACCUGUAUGGAGCCAUGGUGGAGGUACCAGCCAGUGACUUGGUAUCUGUCAUACAGAUGUCAGACAUGUUUGGUAUGGAGGGACUCAAGGAACUGCUUGCUUUUCAAAUGUCACAAAAUCUUUGUCAUUUUUUCCACAAGCCUUGCCAGCGGUGUGCUCAAGCUGUGUCUGAUGUCUUGCCCAUAGCAUAUCAGUAUAACCUCAGCAAGCUCUUUAAUCAGUGCUUGAAAUGGACAGCUAAACAUUUCCGCCGUGUUUUUGAGGUGCCAUCCUUUGCCACUUUGCCUGCUUUAUUUGUGGACGAAUGCACCAAACUGAUCAUUGAACAGAUGUGUGUAGACAACAUUAUCCAGAUCAUACUAGAUGCCCAUGAUCUGACUUGCUGUCUUCAGCAAAGUCGGCGAGCAGAGCAUCUGCAAUUAAAGGCGGCCAGGAUACUGGAUGCAGCCAUACGUUUUUCUGCUGCAAACUUCCCAGCUAUUGUACAUUCCUCCAGAUUUCUCUCCUGGAGCAAGGGAGGUGCAUGGUGUGUGGACAUGCUGGAGGAGAGCUUUGGCAUGGCUGUCACUUUGAUGCCAGUGGAGGCAUCUUGUGAUGUAUACAUCACUCUCAGAACUCUCUUAAAGAGCACUGAAGCUCAAGAGGAGAAAACUGACUUAGCUGCACUUGGAGGUGAUGAGGCAAAGAGAUUGCUGCAGAAACUGAUAGACAGAUGUGAGUGGUACAUCCACCGAUAUAUUCAUCACAUUAUGCAGUGUCCGGGGUGGGCAAGUCUUUCUUCAGAUCUUCAACAAGAUCUUUUGCACAAGUCAUGCUUUGUACCAGUUAAUACAUCAACUUCCAGCGCAAAACAGAGUUUGAUUGCAAGAAAGUCAGUCAGAGUUUUGCAGAAAACCAUUGUCACUAGUGCCCAGGUCCUGCAUGACAUAGACCCUUCCCUGUUUCCUUCUCUUCCUCAGCCACUAGAAGAAGACUGUGCUGGCACAUGUCAAAGAGUGACCAAGAGAACUGAUGGCCAGACAGAUAUCUCACACAAAAUGUCUGAACAAAUGAACAGGAGAAAUACUGCAGUGAAGGGCCUGGAGACAGAGCCUCAAAUCUCUGUGAGAAAAACUAGUCAAAGAAAAGUGCCAUCAUUAAAAGAAAUCAAAAGUGGGAAGGAAAAGCUCAGAACCCCCACAAGAAGUGUGGCAAGAUCUCACUCAGUUGAAGCAGACAGAACAAAAAUCCCUGCAUCUGAUAUUACACCACACAGUCACAAGACUACAGUAAUGGGAGAAACCAGAUCUGAAAACACACCAUUUGACGGGAUGUCACAAAACACUAAAAGUGUCAAAAUAACAUCAGAACCAAGAGCACAAGAAACUGAGGAUAACCAUGGGUUUCCCUUAAGAAAUUGUGAGGCAAAGAGUGAUUGGCUUGAUGUCUGUGGGCUUAAUGUUGAGGCCAUCAUGUCUAUCAAUCAAAAUAUUGAUAGCAUUACUACAGUCCCUCCCACUGAAUGUGUGGUUGUGCCAGUUGUUCAAAAACUGGAUGUUCAGUUUGAAAUCCCAACAGACUAAAAUAUUUUACAUGUGUAAUAAUCAGUUGGGGAUUUAAAUGAAUGUUGUUCAUCACAAUUUAACUGAACCUUUUUUUGACCUAAGAGAGCAAUGGCAAAAACAUCGAAAAGAAUUUGACAACAGACACAUGCACAGAAGUAUUAGGUUAAGAGUUCCCCGAGCCAGAACCACAAGAUAUCUGCACGCCUUUAUUCUGGCUGCAAUUCACAAAUACAACCAAAUCAUGGCUAUGACACGCUUUUAAGUGAAGGUUGCUGUCACCCAUCCCCCCUUUUUUUAAAAGAUGUAAUGUAAUAUCUGAUACAUUCGCAUGAUAAUUUCCUGGAAGGGAUUAUUAAUUUAAAGAUGUUUUGUGUUGUAUUUGUAUUAUAGCCUGAGUUGACCUUAGGUCACCAACUGUAUCUUCUGUUUGUUGGGAAUGUGUGUGUGAGAGAGAGGAAUUAUUACAUGUAUAUGCAUGUAUCAUAUAUAUCUUCUCUAUAACUAGUACGAGCACUAUCUGGAAUUGCCUUUGUGGAUUAAUAAAGUUGUAUUUAUUGAAA